AUGAGCAAUAACAUAGCUUCUUUAAUAUCCUCGAAGCAAGACCUGAAGUUGCCUCAAUGUAUUUUGGAGCCCUAUGUCUAUCUUGAAUCUAUACCCUCUAACAAUAAAAAUGUCAGAUCAACUUUUCUCCGAGCAUUCAAUGAACUAUACUACCAUAUAGAUGAUGCUGAGCUCCUAAAAAAAAUAGAAGAGGUGAUAGCGAUAUUCCAUAAUGCGUCACUUCUUAUUGAUGACAUAGAGGACAACUCCAGCUAUAGAAGAGGGCUCCCUACCGCACAUACUCAGUUUGGCGUACCGUUGACAAUAAAUAGUGGAAAUUUGAUGUACUUCGUUGCAUUGGAAAGGGCCAUGAAACUAGCAGAAUUCAGACUUGACGAACACCAAGGAAGGUUGGCUGUAAUGAUUUCUGAGAUCCUUACCGAGGAAAUGCUUAACUUACACCAUGGACAGGGUUUGGAUAUCUAUUGGAGAGACAACAAGGCUAGCAUUCUGAAUCCGCCUACUGUAGAUGAAUACCUACAGAUGAUUAUGAAUAAAACUGGUGGUCUCUUCCGGUUAUCGGUGAGACUUUUGGAAUGUUUUACUUCGGAAAAGGAAAUGGAAGGCAAAACCAAUGUUCCACUAGCUAAUCUUCUUGGGAUUAUUUAUCAAAUUCGAGACGACUACCUCAAUCUUGUAGAUCCAAACUAUUCUCAUAUGAAGGGUUUCACUGGUGAAGAUCUCAUAGAGGGGAAACUUUCCUUACCAAUUUUGCACUCUUUACUAACCAGUAACGAUUCGACAGAUUCUGUAAAUUAUGAUGCUUGCUCCCCAGUGAAAUCAGUUCUCAUGAUGAAGGACAGAGACUCUUUAAAAGCUAACCAAACGUUAAUUGCAGAAUCCAUAGAGUAUAUGAAGUCCAAAACUAACUCUCUUACUUAUUCUCAUUCUCUAUUGAAGGAAUAUCAAGUAAUGGCAAAGGAAAUGAUCGGAGCUGAGAAUUGUUUGCUAUUGCAGGUUUUAAAUCAACUAUGUGAUAUAUGA